AUGGCAGGCCAAUUUCUGCCCCUGCCAACGUCCCCGGCGGCAUCGGGGCUCCAAAUCUUUGCACUCUUUAUCAAUUUCUUCUUCCCUGCCUUGGCACUCCUUGUGGUCUCUGCCCGGGUAGCAGGCCGGGUGGUGGCAAGCCGGCUGGCCGUGGAGGACUGGCUUGUUUGCAUAGCCAUGCUUCUGUCUAUAACUGAGACGGUUCUCAGCUUCUUCUUCAUCAAGACCAACUUCGUCGGCAUACCUCCGGAGAGGGUGCCACCCCAUGAUCCAACCCAAGGCUUGGUAUGGUCGUACGCUGUUCAAAUCCUGUACAACCCUAUCCUUGCGUUGGUCAAGUCUUCCGUUUUGAUCUUCCUCUCUCGUUUAUUCGGCCAGAAAGACUGGGUGCGGCGGUUCCUUCUCUGGCUCAACGUUGCCAAUAUUUCCCAGAUGGUUGGCGUCUUCUUUGCCAUCAUUUUACAAUGCACACCCGUCUCGUUCAACUGGGACCCAACCGUUCAAGGUGGUUACUGCGUCGACCGCCGAGUGUUAUACAUCUCGACCGCCGCCUUCAACAUCUUGACAGACAUUCUAAUCCUCGGACUACCGCUGUGGAUUUUCUCGUCACUGCGGAUUCCCAAACGCACCAAAAUCGCGCUCCAUAUCGUCUUUCUCCUGGGAUUUCUCGUGACAAUUACGUCCAUCAUCCGCCUAGUCCUCCUCGUCCAGGGCCUCUUCAGCGUCUCCAUCUUCCCCAACGCAGCCUCCCACAACGUGGGCUUCGUAACGUCGGCCGUAGAGACCAAUCUUGCCAUUAUCACCGCCUCGGCCCCCGCCCUCCGCCCCAUCUUUCGCUCGCGCGACCGCGGCGGCUGGUUCGCACGCAGCGUCAUGGCCACAACCCGCGGUGCGGCCCUUGACAACUACAACAACAAAACCCCAACCACAGCCACCAACUCCUACCCCGACCUCGAAAUGGGCCAAAAGUCCAUCGGCUGGGACCGCGAAACCUCCCCCAUCAUAACCAACAACAACAGCGCAACGGCGCGCAAAUUCGGCCGGGGCGGGUCGCGCGGCGGACGCAAGGGCAGCAGCAGCCGGAAGACCAAGACCAGCAAAACCAAGCCCCGGCCGACCAUCAUCCGGAUCCGGACGGACCACGACGGGCUCGCAUCCCUGCGCAGCGCCUCGCCGCGGUCGAGCGAAGAGCAGGCCAUGACCAGCAACGGCCUCGUGCGCGUCAGCGACAUCCAGCGCGAGAUCGACGGCAUCGGAACUGGGGCGGCCGUCGUCGAUGAAACGCAUGGCCGGUGUAUCCGCCCGGAGCAAGGCCGGCGAUCAUGA